CCUCCCCGCCCCAGCGCGGCGGGCUCAGUAUGUGGCAGCAGCCGCCGCCGCCGCCUCCGCCGCUGUCGGGACCCAUGAUGGAGGCCGAGCGGGUGGCGGCGGCGCGGGCCGGGCAGGCCUCGGCCUCGGGGCAGGGCUUGGGCGCAGGGGACCAGCCGCCGCAGCCGCCGCCGCUGCCGCCCCAGCAGGCCGGCCCGGGCCGCGGGGAGCUCAGCCUGCCCGGCAUCCUCCACUUCAUCCAGCACGAGUGGGCGCGCUUCGAGGCCGAGAAGAGCCGCUGGGAGGCCGAGAGGGCCGAGCUCCAGGCACAGGUAGCAUUUCUCCAGGGUGAAAGGAAGGGCCAGGAAAACCUCAAGACGGAUCUUGUACGGAGGAUAAAAAUGCUGGAAUAUGCUUUGAAGCAGGAAAGGUCGAAGUAUCACAAGCUGAAAUUCGGGACUGAUCUGAACCAAGGGGAAAAGAAACCAGACAUGCCGGAACCAGUCUCCAAUGGUCCAGCAGAGCCAUUGUCUUUGGAAAGCAACCAGUUCAUGUGGAAGGAAGGGCGCCAGCUCCUCCGCCAGUACCUGGAGGAAGUGGGCUACACGGACACCAUCCUGGACAUGCGCUCCAAACGAGUCCGCUCCCUGCUGGGCCGCUGCUCCAUGGAACUGAAUGGUGCUGCUGAACCUGGUGGCUUGGGGACUAGCCCUGCCUCGGGUCCCGCCGGACUGAAUGGUGGUGAAUCCCUCCUUGUUAAGCAGAUAGAGGAGCAGAUCAAAAGGAAUGCCGGGAAGGAAGCAAAAGACCGGCUCAGCAACACAGUGAUGGAAAAGAUCCCCUUCUUGCAAGGCUGCGAAGAAGAAGACAGUGAUGAAGAGGAGGAUAUGGAAAGCAUGCCCCUUGAGACGCAGCGGCAGCACAAGAAGCAGCGAGUCAAGCUCACCAACAAGCCCCUAAUGCCAGAAGUAGAGGACGAAGAUGAUGAUGAGGACUCCGAGGAUGCACUGAGCGAGUUUGACUUCCUGGGCUCUGGGGAGAACAGCGAGGGGGCUGGGGGUACGCGGCAUGCUGGAGAUGGAAAAGAGCUUGAAACCCGCCGGGUAAAGCUGCAAGGUAUGCUUGCCGAUCUCAGAGAUGUUGAUGGGCUUCCUCCUAAGCCAUCUAUGCCAUCGGCCAUCUCCAGCCAGCCCAGGUCUCAUGAAGGGUCACUGGGCUUCUCCUCAGACGUGUUUAUCAUGGACACCAUUGGCGGAGGAGAAGUCAGCUUGGGUGACCUUGCUGACUUGACCGUCACCAAUGACAACGAGCUAAGCUGUGAUCUCUCUGACAGCAAAGACUCCUUCAAAAAGACCUGGAACCCCAAAUUCACUCUCCGAAGUCACUACGAUGGCAUCCGGGCCCUGGUUUUCCACCAUGUGGAAUCUGCACUCGUCACGGCCUCGGAAGAUGGCACGCUGAAGCUAUGGAACCUCCAGAAGACGGUUGCCGCAAAGAAGAACGCAGCGUUGGACGUGGAACCAGUCUAUGCGUUCAGGGCACACAGGGGCCCUGUGCUGGCAGUCACCAUGGGCUGCAACAGUGAAUACUGCUACAGCGGAGGAACAGACACGAGGAUCCGUUGCUGGAAGAUCCCAGAUCUCAACAUGGACCCAUAUGACGGUUAUGAUCCAACUGUGCUUAGCAAUGUGCUGGAUGGUCACACGGAUGCCGUCUGGGGCCUCGCAUUCAGCCCGUCCAAGAACCGCCUGGCUUCCUGCUCAGCUGACGGCACAGUUAGGAUCUGGGACCCGAGCAGUAACUCCUCUUGCCUCAGCACCUACAGCGCAGGAAGUGAGAAUGGAAUCCCAACGUCCAUCACAUUCUCCAGCACUGACCCCGUGCAUGCGGUCGCUGCCUUCCAGACGGGCGAUGCCAUCCUCUACGACGUGGAGGCCACGUGCCCUGUCCUGACACUGGAAUCUAGACCAGCCAGUGGAACCAGUCAAAUCAACCAAGUCGUGAGCCACCCAACCCAGCCAGUCACUAUCACGGCCCACGAGGACAGAGGGAUCCGCUUCCUGGACAACCGGACAGGGAAAGCUGUACACUCUAUGGUGGCUCACCUAGACGCCGUCACCUGUCUUGCUGCGGAUCCCAAUGGAGUCUUCCUUAUGUCAGGGAGCCACGACUGCUCACUUCGACUGUGGAACCUAGACAACAAGACGUGCAUGCAGGAAAUCACGGCCCACCGCAAGAAACAUGAGGAGGCCAUCCACGACGUGGCCUUCCACCCCAGCAAGGCCCUCAUCGCCAGCGCUGGGGCUGACGCCCUCGCCAAGGUCUUCAUAUGAAAAGGGCUGCAGCCGGCAGGUGUGUUGCAGGAUGCCUCUCUGGUUUUCUCUGACCCAGCCAGUGGUGCUAACGACUCGCCUCUCCGCCCUGGGCACCUUGUGUCAUCUCCACCUGAGCUCAGGACUGACCCCUGCUGGACGGCGGUGGCUGGAACGGGAAGCCAGCACCUCCUUGACCUCGGGUUCACCUUUUGAAGCCAGCACUGAAAUAUUUUCCGCUCAUUUCAAGGUUGCCUGGUUUUUAUUUUCCCAGCUCGGGGAGCGGAAAAUCCUCCCGGACUGUUGCAGAGAGGGAGGAAGCCCUGGGUGGUCCGAGGAGGGCCCCUGGCAGUUCUCUGAGCACUGGGCUUCGUUUUACUGCCUCGGGCAAAGAUGUUUGAAAUCUUCGGGUUCCCCUGUGGCCACGUUGGGCCGGUGACUGUUUUCUAUUUUUCAAAUACCUGAUUUGCAGCUGCUUUUUGCGGAGGGGGCACUGAAUAGCCUGGGGGGGGGGAACGAGAACGCAGCAGGCCUGAGGGCAGAAGCACCCCUGGCUGGAGCACGCCCCCAGUCCGCCUGCGCUCUGAAACGGUGUGCCUCCUGGCGGGACCCCCGCACCCGAGCAAAGGAGGGACGAGAUGUGAACAGAGAACAGCCCCCCCCACCGUAUUCGCCCCCCGCCCCCCCCCGCCCCCCCCAGUGACAGUCAGCUUUAGCCAGCAGGAGCUUCGAGCCAGUGGCGGCUAAUUGGAUUUCUUGGGAUGAUGGGAGGGGGGGAAAUCCUGUGCCACUUUGGGGGCCAUAGGGCUACCAGAUCUCUUCCCCGCUUUCCUCUACUGCUGUUUUCACGUCUUCUGCCUCAUCACUACAAACGCACCCCCUUGAGGGUUCUCUCCCCUGCCAAUACUCGCCGUGUACAUGAGCAGCAGACAAGGGGAGGCGUGUGUGGAAGUGUCUCCCCCUCUGCCCACUUCCAACCAUCUUCUGCGAGAGGGGAAUGCCUGCUCUUUCAUCUGUUCCUCUUCCACCCUUAUUCCUUAAAGAGAAUACAGGUGAGGGGGCGGGGAGGGAGAAGCAGAGAGAGGGCAUCACGGUGGGUAAAUGGGCAGGAGGCAGCAUGAGUCAGUGAGCUGGUAACCAGUCACAAGCCAGGUUUGAGCCCAUCAGCCCGCAGUUGCUGGUGGCUGUGGGAAGUGAGAAGGAAAACGUUGGGAAGUGUGGGUGGGAAGUGGGGUGGGAACCGGAGCCAUCAGACAGAACUAGUUCUUGGUGGACAUGGGGUGCAGGGUGGUGUUCACACACAGGGACUGUCUUGGCUAGCCUUUUCUGGGGCGAGGCACUUCUAGGGGGGAGGGCGUCAGGAGUGCUGCCCCCAUUUCUACUUACAGGAGUGUUGUGCCCAGAAGGGAGAUGUAAUGGCACCAGAGUUCUGUUUUCUCAGAUGAUUGGCGGGCGGGAGGGGGGAUGCCUGAGCUCCAGCUCAGGCAGUAGGGAAAUCCAGUGGGGAAGUGGCCGGCUUCCUCCCCUCUCAAGCCAUUGGUCACAAGUCCUCUCUGACUCCAGGUCUCCCUCUGGCUAGCUCCUCUCAGCAAUAAACCUGUCUCCCCUCCCCAUACCUCGAUUCCUGAAUUGCUGCUGCAGAUCUCCUCCUUGUGCCCUGUAGUUAACUCUCCCGUAGCCAGAGGCAGAGGAGGGAUCAGGUCUGGCCCAGGUGGGGAGGCGGGGUUGUGUUGACAGGAAGGCUGCACUGCCUGGUUGAAAGCUUUAAAGCUGGCUUUGCAUCCAGGCGGCAGGAUGGAGGGCGAGAAUUAGCACAGUGGCCUUGGAGACUGGCCUUGCCAGCGAGGCGGCUGCUCUUUAAUUCUUCUUUCUACCUGUGGUGCAACUUUAUUCCUGCCGUUGGUAGGCCUCGUUAGACACAAACAACUGAACGAUGCUUGUGAAAUUUGGGAGCGUAUCACAGUGUGGGUUUGGUGGACAUGCUGCUGUCUUGAAGUUAGCAUCCCCACUCUUGGGAAAGGUCUUUUGCUCAUCCUAAAUAGCAGGGUGGGAAUGUUGUCGAGGGACCAGGGCCAGGGCUGUAGGGGCUCUGUUCUCAUCAAGCCCUCGUCUUGGCCCAGCAGCAGCCGCCGCCGCCUGCCCUUCUGCUGGUUUGCAUAACCCUUGCAGGUUGGAGAGAGGGAGGAGGCUUGUAGGCGAGUGCUCUGAGUGCAGCUGGCCUUCCUCUUCCCUCUCCUGCCCCAGUGACGCCAAACUCCUUAAGCUUCUGCCUUCCUCCAGCAGCCAGGGGACUCCCCAGGGCAGUUCCAGCAGUCUCUGUAAGAGAAGGGGUGGGUGGGACCAGAGGGGGAGCCCCCACGUCCUUGCGUACCACCCUCACAACAAGCUGAGCAGUUAAGGGGCAAAUUGAGGAGAGAGUUCGCAAAGACGGCUGCUUCUCUAUCCCUUGCCCGGUGGGGUUUUGUUUUUAAAUAACUCAGCUUGGAUCCUGUCUUCUCUUGGGUAGCACCUUUUUUUCCUUCUCUCUCUCUCUCUUUUUGCAUUGCUACCUGAGGCAAAAGACCCUUUCUCUUUUUUGUACAUUUUGUAUAGUAGGUAAAAUUGGAUUUUGCAAAACAUCCCCUCUUGCCAGACACCCAAAGGGCUGUUGCUGAAGUAAUCACAAUCACGUUAUCACUGUGUGAUAGUUUCUAUGAGCCAUGAUCUUUUUUCUUUUUUUAACAGGGCUGAGCAGAGCUAAAAAGCAUGAGUGGGGGGGCGGGGGGCAAAGCAGCGGGGAGAGAGAGAGAGACCUGCUCCUCUCCUUUCUGGAUCUUGGGAGCACACCAGUUAGGACUUCUCUCUUUCCCUCCCUCUUUCCCCCACUCCUGAAUCUUAGGGCUCAAAGACCACCAGCCACUAGCCACUUCUGAAACUUCAGCCUACUUCCCCCGCACCUCUUUCCCAUGUCCCCAUCUGUAUUUGUGUGCUGUAUUUAUCCUGACUUAAGAGCACUCUCGCCUUUAGAGAAAAAUGCCGGUUAGCUUUUUAUUGUAUAUUUAUUUGAGCUACCUUCCCCCCCUUAUCUUUUUCCCCCCCUGUUUAAUCACAAGACUGAAUUGUAUGUUGAAUGGGAAGGGGGGAACUGUCUCAUAAUAAUUAUAAUUAAAAAUCCUUUGGAAUAAGA